ACGCGCGCCUCGGCGCCCUGCUUCACCAGCUCCAGGCCGCUCAAGAACCGGCUGCUCCGCUCCCGAGCUGCGGCCAGCGCCUCGGCCUCCGGCGCCGGGUCCUCGUUCUUCCCGAGAGCAGCACCCCCGGCGGCCGCCAUGACGGAGCCCUGGCGCCGCCGCUCGGGGCCCGUCGGCUCUCCCCGGAAACUCCCGGCGAUGUUCGGUUCGCUCCGUAAGCCUUCGGACCUCUUCGGCCACUCCAAUGCCGGCACUUCCGCCUGUGGAAAUGGCCCCGCCUCCCACAUCCUCGGCUAUCUCCGCCGUCCCCAACUGCUCCUGCCCCUGUGUGCCUCUGUGUCUCUGCUGGGUGGCUUGACUUUUGGUUACGAACUGGCGGUCAUAUCAGGCGCCCUGCUGCCUCUGCAGCUUGACUUUGGGCUAUCCUGCUUGGAGCAGGAGCUCCUGGUGGGCAGCCUGCUCCUGGGGGCUCUCCUGGCCUCCCUGGUGGGGGGCGUCCUCAUCGACCGCUAUGGCAGGAAACAAGCCAUCCUCGGCAGCAAUGCAGUGCUCCUGGCAGGCAGUGUGAGCCUGGGCCUGGCUGGGUCCCUGGCCUGGCUGGUCCUAGGCCGCCUGGUGGCUGGCUUUGCCAUCUCCCUCUCUUCCAUGGCCUGCUGUAUUUAUGUGGCGGAGCUGGUGGGGCCACGGCAGCGGGGAGUGCUGGUGUCCCUCUAUGAGGCCGGCAUCACCCUGGGGAUUCUGUUGUCCUAUGCACUCAACUAUGCCCUGGCUGGUGUCCCCGGAGGGUGGAGGCAUAUGUUCGUCUGGGCCGUGGCUCCUGCUCUGCUGCAGUCCCUCAGCCUCUCCUGUCUCCCUGCUGGUACCACUGAGGCUGCACCCUGCAGGGACCUCAUUCCUCUCCAGGGAAGUGAGGCCCCCAAGCUGGCGAGGCCGAGCUACUCCCUUCUGGACCUCUUCAGGGCCCGGGAUAACAUGCGAGGCCGGACCGUGGUGGGCCUGGGACUGGUGAUCUUCCAGCAGCUAACCGGGCAGCCCAAUGUGCUAUGCUACGCCUCCACCGUCUUCCACUCGGUCGGCUUCCGUGGGGCCUCCUCCGCCGUGCUGGCUUCCGUGGGGCUCGGCGCCGUGAAGGUGGUGGCUACACUGAUGGCACUGGGGCUGGUGGACCGAGCGGGCCGCAGGGCGCUGUUACUGGCUGGCUGUGCCCUCAUGGCCCUCUCGGUCAGUGGCAUCGGCCUUGUGAGCUUGGCUGUGCCCAUGGACUCCGGCCCAGGCUGCCUGGCUGCGCCCAACGCCAGCGGGCCGUCUGGCCUCCCUGGAGACUCGAGCCUGCCCCAGAGGCCUGUCACUCCACACCCCCCACCAACGACCCGCCAGAACCCAGGGGAGCCAGGCUUGCCAGCCUCUAAGAAAAUCAAGACCCUCACAGCCCCUCCGUGGCCUGUUUUGGGCACCGCUACCCCCACGUCCCCCUCCGCCCCGGAGCGCGCCGCACUGCACUGGGCUGCGCUGGUCUGCAUGAUGGUCUUCGUGAGCGCCUUCUCCUUCGGGUUUGGACCAGUGACCUGGCUUGUCCUCAGCGAGAUCUAUCCCGUGGAGAUCCGAGGCAGAGCCUUCGCCUUCUGCAACAGCUUCAACUGGGCGACCAACCUCCUUGUCAGUCUCUCCUUCCUUGACCUCAUCGGUGCCAUCGGCUUGUCCUGGACCUUCCUGCUCUAUGGGCUGACUGCUGUCCUCGGCCUGGGCUUCAUCUAUGCAUUUGUCCCUGAAACAAAAGGCCAGUCCUUGGCAGAGAUAGACCAGCAGUUCCAGAAGAGAAGGUUCGCUCUGAGCUUUGGCCCCAGGCGGAGGUCCGCCUGCAUUCCAUACACCCGCAUUGAGGUCUCUGCAGCCUCUUGAAGAGCCCAUCUGCCUGGAAGAUGCUGGAACCAUGGCUUUAGCAGAUAGUCUCCAGUUUCCUGCUUGCCUGGCCCCUGGAGCACGAGUUCUCGGAGGUCCUGUUAAGUCAUCCCUGCUCCAGAGGAGGUCUUUGGGCCCAGGUGAAAGAGGAGAAAGUUUGAGAACCCAAAUGUCUUCCUUUUGACUCUCAGGCUCUGAGGGGUCCUGAGGAUCUGCCUUCUUGCCUCAGUGUCCCCGCGUCUUUGCACAUUCCCGCAGUACUUAUAAUGACAAC